CGCGCGCCCCGCUACCUUUCAUCGUCCCCACGAGUCUUCACGAAGAUCCUUUUUUUGCUCGACAUCCCUCUCCGCUCCUCUCUCUUACGUCAAUUCGUCUCUUCGAUCGACCGAGCGCCCGCCCUCCCUGCGACUCGACCCCUACAGCCAUGCCCGACCACGUAUAACAAGGACGAUGGAACCUCAGACCGCGAGCGCCCCGGACCGGGUCGAUGCGCUUUGGCGGACCCUCGACGAACGAAAGCUGGGUCAUCUAGAUCUUGCAGCACUCAAGAAAGGGCUGCGAAAGCUAGAUCAUCCUCUCAAGAAUGCCGACCAUCUCUUAGCCGAUGUGAUGAAGGCUGUAGAUACGGACGGCAAUGGCAUUAUUUCAUAUAGCGAAUUCCGCACUUUCGUCCACGAGACCGAAAAAGAGCUACUCGUGUUGUUCAAGAGUAUAGACUUUGACGACGACAAUCAUAUAUCCAAAAAAGAACUGCAGGUCGCGUUUGGGCGCGCUGGUCUCGCAGUACCCAACAGUAAAUUGGACGAGUUCUUUGACAGACUCGAUGUCAAUGGCGAUGGCAACAUCAGCUUCGACGAAUGGCGCGACUUUCUCUUAUUUAUACCAGCCACGGCACCGAACCUCCGCGCUGUAUUAUCCUAUUUUCAAGCAACCACCCGAGUAAACCUCGAAGGCGACGUCCAAAUUAGCGACGAUAACAUCCACGGAUUAGGCUAUUUCGUGGCGGGAGGAUUAGCUGGGAUCGUAUCUCGCACUUCGACCGCACCUCUCGACCGUCUAAAAGUCUACCUCAUCGCCCAGACCAGCACCGCCAAAGAGGCCGUCUCCGCUGCCAAACACGGCAAUGUCCUCCGCGCUGCUGCAAACGCCUGGAAACCGCUAGUCUUCGCCACCAAGGAAUUAUGGCAGGCAGGUGGGAUUCGUAGUCUCUAUGCUGGAAAUGGUCUCAACGUCGUCAAAGUCAUGCCCGAGUCGGCCAUCAAAUUCGGCGCUUACGAAGCGGCCAAACGUGCCUUUGCCAAACUCGAAGGGCAUAACGAUCCUACCAAUAUCCACGGCUGGUCCAAGUUCGUCGCCGGUGGUCUCGCAGGUAUGAUUUCACAGUUUGCGGUCUAUCCUAUAGACACCCUCAAGUUCCGCAUGCAAUGCGAAACAGUGUCUGGCGGACUGCAUGGAAAUCGUCUCAUAGUAGCUACGGCGAAGAAGAUGUGGAAACAGGGUGGAAUGGUCGCCUAUUAUCGCGGCCUUCCCAUGGGAUUGUUUGGCAUCUUCCCUUAUGCUGCUCUCGACCUUGGUACCUUUGAAUAUCUCAAACGGGCGAUCGCAGAGCGCAAUGCGCGUGUACGAGGUUGCCACGAACAGGAUGCUCAGCCUGGAGGUUUCGUGACUGCAGCCAUUGGAGGCUUUUCUGGCGCUUUCGGUGCCAGUGUCGUCUACCCCAUGAAUGUCCUACGCACUCGGCUUCAGAGCCAAGGCACUGUGCUGCAUCCACGCACCUACAAUGGCAUUAUCGAUGUCACUCAACAGACCAUCAAAGGUGAAGGCUUGAAAGGUCUUUUCAAGGGUCUCACACCGAAUCUUCUCAAGGUCGUCCCUGCCGUAUCUAUAACAUACGUCGUCUACGACAAAUCCAAGAAGGCGCUCGACCUACCGUGA